AUGUCUUCGACUUUAGCACUCUUGUCAAAGCAUAGAGGCGCGGUUUCCGUUGCCGCAGUGGCUAACACAGCUUCUAUGCUGUUUGGUUACGAUACAGGAGUCGCUGGUUCUGUAGUCGCUCUAAGAAGUUUUUCGUCAGAGUUCAAACUCUCGACAAGCCCUGCACAUUCGGCAUACAUUUCCUCCAAUAUCGUAGCUCUUCUCAAUGCCGGUGCAUUCUUUGGAGCCAUAGUUCCGGCCCUUCUCACGAAAUACAUCGGUCGAAAACCAACCAUGACUAUUGCGGCCGCUUUUUUCAUGCUCGGUGGAAUUCUUCAAACUGCAGCUCAGCCACCUUCUCUGUCUAUGAUUUAUGCUGGUCGUGUUAUAGCAGGCUUUGGUGUCGGCAUGGUUAGUAACCUUACUCCCGUUCUUGUUGCCGAGACUGCGCCGAAAGAACUGAGAGGAUUCCUUAUGGGACUCUUCGAAAUGUUUCUUGUGAGUGGUGGAUUGUUGGCUUAUUGGACAACGUAUGGAUGCUCGUUACAUUUACAGCCCACGAGCAAACAGUGGCGUGUUCCAUUAAGCAUUCAGAUUAUCCUGGCUGCAAUCAUUAUGAUCGGAUCAUUCCUUAUAAUCGAAUCGCCAAGAUGGCUGGCCAAACAAAAUCGAUGGGAAGAAGCCGAACAUGCCUUGUGUUAUCUCCGAGGCUCAACAUCGGAGGAUUUGGACAUCAAGACUGAAAUUGCAGAGAUGCAUGCGCAAAUUGAAGAGGAACUUGCCGCAACUUCUGGUAGAUCGAUUACCGAACUGUUUCAAUCCAGAAAUCUUCUUCGUCUUGUUUGGGGAUGCGGUGUCUCCUUCUUUAGCAUCUGGUGUGGACAUAACGGGAUCCUGUACUACGGACCAACGGUAUUCAAACAAAUUGGAUUUACUGCUCAGAAUGCUGCUCUCUUCGCCAGUGGAAUCUUUACCUGUCUUAAAGUGGCUACUACUAUUCUUUUCUUGAUCGCAGGAAUCCAACAUUUCAAGAGGAAAAAUCUAUUGAGUAUCGGUAGUGCUGGCAUGGCAAUCUGUAUGUUUGCUCUUGGUGCAGUCCUAGCCACACAUCCACCGACCGCUGGAAGCUUAACAAAUGAUACGCCAAGUGGAAAGGGAAUGAUGGCAAUCAUUUACCUUUUCGUCAUAUUUUAUUCAAUGUCUUGGGGUCCUAUUGCUUGGGUUUAUAUUGGAGAGAUUUAUCCUACCCGAAUCCGUGAUUGGGGAAUGGCUAUCAGUGUUAUGGUUGUGUGGCUUUUCAACUAUGUCGUUUCGAGGGAAACUCCCAUCGCAGUGUUGAACAUUGGAUGGAAGACAUGGAUGAUCUUCGGAACAUUUAACUCGGUCGCAUUCAUCUUCACUUUGUUCCUUCCAGAGACCAAAGGCUUGAGUUUGGAGGAAAUGGAUGUACUCUUCAAAGUUGUUAAUGAAGAUGUCAGAAGGAAGGACGUUGAUGAGCAUGUUGUUGCACCACUGGAUGGUAGCGAGAAGAGUACAAAUGCUGAAAUGGUCAGGGAGGUCUGA